AAUAUACACAUACACAUAAACAUAUAUAUAUAGAGAGAGAGAGAGUAUUAGAAGUGAAAAUAAAAUAUUACAAUGCAAUAUGCUUUAUCUAGUUGGCUGUGUGGCUCAAGUUAGGGUCAUGUCAGACCACCCCGGCCUAAGCAUAUGCAGAAUUGUUCCCCCCCACCAAAAAAAAACUCUGCACAGAGGAGUUUCAUACAGUCUCUUUUCUUUUCGCUGCCACGGCAACGCCGACCAGCGACUCGGCAGGAGAGCGCGUCCCUUUCUCGGGCACGUGACUGGCGGCUCUCUCUCCGUCUGUGGUCUACGCACGCGAGGAAGUGCAGGCGACUGCUGAUGACGGACGGGCGUUGCGCGAGGUGAGGAGGAUGAGAUCGCGCGAGAGGAGCCGGGAGAGGCUGAGGGGCGUGGCAGGGAGCGAGAGAACACCGGAAGUGGCCGGAACGAGAGCCCGGAAGUCCUGGCAAGAGGAGGAAGCAAGCAGAGGACGGUGGCCAGGAUGGACGAUACGCUCUUCCAGUUAAAGUUUACAGCCAAGCAGUUGGAGAAACUUUCCAAGAAGGCAGAGAAGGACUCCAAAGCGGAACAAGCCAAAGUCAAGAAGGCCCUUCAGCAGAAGAAUGUGGAGUGUGCCCGUGUCUACGCGGAGAAUGCGAUCCGGAAGAAGAACGAAGGGUUGAACUGGCUCCGCAUGGCUUCCCGAGUAGAUGCGGUAGCCUCCAAGGUCCAGACAGCAGUGACCAUGAAGGGGGUAACUAAGAACAUGGCCCAGGUGACCAAGGCGUUGGACAAAGCGCUCAAUUCGAUGGAUCUGCAGAAAGUUUCCGCCGUGAUGGACAAGUUUGAGCAGCAGGUCCAGAACUUGGAUGUUCACACUUCGGUGAUGGAGGACUCAAUGAGCUCGGCCACCACGCUGACCACGCCCCAGGAGCAAGUGGACAGCCUGAUCGUCCAGAUCGCCGAGGAGAAUGGCCUGGAGGUCAUGGACCAGCUGAACCAGCUGCCCGAGGGUGCCUCCGCUGUGGGAGAGAGCUCUGUGCGUUCCCAGGAGGACCAGCUGUCGCGAAGGUUGGCUGCAUUGCGGAAUUAACUCGCCCUUGUGGACUGCUGCUUCUGCCUUGGCCAUAUAUGAUUUGCAGGGUGACUGUGGGAAACCCCUGGCCUCCCGCCCCUCACAAUCCUGCUCUUUGUGACCAGAAGGGAAGCCUGGUCUCCCACUCCUCUGGCCU